CUAAUUCUGAUAUAUAUUUUCACUUAUUGGUCUUUUGACCAAUCAGAUCACCUCUGAAAAACAUCGGAUGUGAAAAGAUCUGACGUGAUUGGUCAAAAGACCAACUAGUGGAAAAACGAUCAGAAAUGGGCUGCCAGUCUAAACACAGCCUUAAGGAUCAGAGUCAGUAUGUAUAGAUACAAACAUAUGAUUGGGACAUUUCAUCAAGGAGCUGCCAUACAGUGGGGAGAUAUCAACUGAAGGCCGCCAAUCUGAAACUCUACAAUCAAGCAGCAAGUCUCUAAACAAAGUUAUUCACUCAUUGUGGAUUGACAAGAGCUAUCUACAUCUAUCAGACCGCAGAUCUUCCAUCAAGCAGCUAUGUCCAAACUUGGAACAAAAAGGGAAAUGAUGUGCCGUCAUAAUGACAGAGGUGUACAGGAGAUAUUUUCCAGUGGAGAGCAUAAGAAUAUCACCACGUUGAAACAAGAGAAGAGGCUUUUAGAAGAGACAGGAAUAGAUAGAUACCUAUCAAAAUACAUUGCACCAUACCCAGAAGCACCAGAGUUCCAUCUGUCCAAAGUUGCCCAUGUCACUACAAAAAGAGGCCUUGAUGGAAUCUUGAAAUCAGGUGGUUUUAAGGGCGGUGAGAGGAGUUUCCUGUGGUGCAAUCUUCCUGUGGAUGAUGACGAUAUCAAUGCAGCAGAACGCCGUUACCUGGAGAAGAUCUUCCCUGACAGAACACCUGAGCAGAGGCAGAUGCAGCAACCCUUCCUCAGCAAGUUCACCACCUCACCUGCCUUCAGGAAGGCAUCACGCUUUGGGAACUUCAGGUUCACUUUCAGUCUGUCUGAUCUCCUGAUGAUGUACAGACAGCAGAUCUGUGGUGGAGAAGAGCCUGUCCUGAGAGUCUAUGAGACUGUAGUCUACAAACAAGAGAUCAUGUACACAGUGCUUGUUCACUGUCCAGAUAAUAAGGAAUUUGAGAAGUACCCAGUUCUUGGUGAUGGUAGUGAUGGUAGUGAUGGUAGUGAUGAUGCUGUCUGUGCUUACAUGAGGGGCAACAUUGUCUGGCGUGCACAAGCCAUGUCUAAAACCCAUGCCUUUGGGUUAGCCAUAGAUGAAGUUAACCAAAAUGUAGGAACAGAAGGCGGGGGGUAUGCAUGGUACAUGUGGGACCAUGUGACCCUGGCGUUCCACCUGCCAGAAGGUCAGACCCUACAUUUUGACAGGGAGAUUGUGAUCAAAAACCUUACUACUUGUGAUGCCGAUGAAAUGUUUAUUGGAGUGAAAUGUGGCAAAAAAGGGCGCGAGUGUGUGGGUACAUGUCCAUGUGAAAAAUGUCUCGUACCCCUCGCCACAGCUGAUGAAAUAGUUGAGGGCAUAUUAUGUGAUUACAAAACCAACUGUUGAAGUUUGUCUUUUUCUCUCCAGUAGCUUACUCAAAAAGUCUAUGAUUAGGGAAAUUAAUUCAAUCAACAGGUGUUGUGUUUUAACUUGAUGCUGUCACAUUUUUUCAGUCAUCUUUUGUCAUAUAAGAUUUAUACCAAUGAUGGAGUUAACCAACAGUUUCAACAAAUUGUGCAUCAUCAUGAAAUGGUGUUGUGUCAUAGUUCUGUAGCCUUUUUCCAUAGCACUCGAGUGUCCCCGGUGAUUAUGUUAAUGUAGGCUCUAGUACUUUCUUCAAAAAUGUUUCAUCUUUUUUUCUAAACAUUGUUGUUGUAAAUUCCUUUCCAACCUAUUCCUGGAUAAAGUGAUGAUGCAUCUAAAAAAAUAUAUACUUUGUCUGCUUUGGAAAUAAAUUCCAAGAAUGACGACACAAUCGUUGCCUGGUUUUAUUGUGACCUGCUACAAGAGAUUUAAUUUAAACAGCCUGCUUCAAUUUCCAUCAUCCCAACAAAUUAUCAUGAUAAUGCCUACAAACAUUUCUCUAAAGGGUUUAGUAUUUGAGGAUAGUGUGGUUUAAUAUGUCAGCAAUGACAACUAUUUUUUUUUUACAACCAAUAAAUGUUUUCUUUUCUUGUU